AUGGCCAAUGCCACGGCAAGAGUUGAGGACGACUUCACAGUCGAGCACGACAAGGGUUACGACUCCCUUGCUCGGCUCAUGAGAGAUUAUCCCGAGACGACAAUCUUCAGGCAGUUCAAAGCCUUGUGUGCGAAAAUGCUCGUGUAUCGUCAGGCUGACCUCCUCUACGACGAAGAAGAGCUUGAACUGGUGUCUCGGUGGAACGAGGACGACCCUGAAAAGAAGUGGUUCAACCACUCGUGGAAAGAAAUACUCGACAAUCCCGACGCAGCGGUGCUUCGAGACAAGGUGAACCAUGUCCAGGAAAAACUCAAGUCAUACUGCAAGGAUGAAAUGCUGGUGUUAACAGCAGAAGUCGAAAAGCUGCCAGGACCGAACAGUCUCAGUUUCACAUUUCUGCAGGAGUGGGUGAAGCAUCGAGACCGUGGAGCCGACUUCCUUCUCGACAUCGAAGCUCAGGCGUGGGAUUCUUGCCAAAGAGAUGAUUAUGUCGUCUUGUCUCCUACGACUUCUCAUGACCGCCUUGCCAUAGCUUUAGAUGCUUUAAUUGUGCCCCUAUACCACCGAUACAUUGGCACUCGCCGGCCGCCGACCGCUCACAAGACACACGGGAGAGUUUGGGAUUAUAGGUUCGACCGCUUCAUCCUGUUGGGAAAUAUCUUGACCAUUCUGCUUGCGACUGCGAUCCCGGCAGGCUCAAUUGUCGUCUUGUAUGUUAUAAAGAGCAUGAUCAUCCGUCUCCUCAUCAUUGCCAUCUUUUGUCUCGUGUUUGCAUGCACCAUGACGUUCAUGGUAGGAGCUAAGAGGGUCAAUGUCUUCUCUGCCACGGCAGCUUUCGCAGCGGUACAAGCAGUCUUCGUAGGAGGAACCACAUUGGUACAGAUGGGCUGA